UUCCCGGCGGGUCUUAGCCGCCCGUACAGCGCGGAGUCUGGCUUCUUGUAGCAAUAUGCGAUUUAUACUGUAGUAUGCAAAGAAUCUUCCUUACAGAUUCUUUGGUAGUAUGUUAAGUUGUCUUUGAAGAUGACGGCCGUAGUAAACAGUAUGGCAGAAGAUUCAAUAAACGAUAUUAGGUUAAUUGAUGAAGUACGGCAACAGCCUGUUUUAUGGGAUAACAGAACGAAGAGCUACAGAUUAAAAACUGGGCAAGGUGCUGCUUGGAUACUUAUAGCCAGCAGGCUUAACAGGAAUGUCCAAGAUGUCGUCUAUCGGUGGCAAAACUUACGCAGGAGCUACAUUAGGAGAAAAACUAAAUCUAGAAGAGGAGAACCUGUAAAGGAUUGGUAUCUGACGUCACAGAUGUCAUUUUUAGCACCCUGUGUCCAUAGCAGAAAGUAAGUAUUAGAAACCAAGUAGUA